AUGGGUUUUGCUACAUGGAUACACGGUUUCAUACACGAUAUACUAAUGAGAUCCUACCUAGUUCUGCAACUCGUGGCUGAGAAUCACGACCUCCAAGUCCGCUUCAGGUGGAACAAGAACGACAUUGCCAUCUGGGACAACGACUAUGAUGCCCCCCGUGCCGGGAACCGCGUUGUCUCGAUCGGCGAGAAGCCAUAUCUGGACCCUCGGUCUGUGUCGCGGCGUCGGGCGCUGGCCAAGUUAUAG